GCGAGUGCCGCUGCCACGUCUGCUGGGCGGGCCGGAGGGAACGCGCACCGGCCGCUGCCCCGGGAGCCGCGCCGCGGGGAGCCGAGCCGAGCCGUGCCGUGCCGUGCCCUGCCCUGCCCUGCCCUGCCCUGCCCUGCCGUGCCGUGCCGUGCGGUGCCCGUAGGCGCGGGGUGCGGGAUGGCGGCCCGGCGGCGGUGAGACGGGCGCGGCGGGGCCCGGGCUGCGGGGGGGCGAUGGCGGCGGCGCUGCGGGCCGCCCUGCUGGGCGCCGUGCUGGGCUGCGCGGCCGCGGCGCUGAUCCCCGCGGCCGACGUGAAGGUGGAGGUGCUGCAGAAGCCGUUCCUCUGCCACAGGAGGAGCAAGUGGGGGGACAUGAUGCUGGUUCACUACGAGGGCUACCUGCAGAAGGAUGGCUCCAUGUUUCACUCCACUCACAAGCAUAACAAUGGUCAACCUAUGUGGUUUACACUUGGCAUCAGGGAAGCUAUCAAAGGCUGGGAUAAAGGUUUGAAGGACAUGUGUGUGGGAGAGAAGCGGAAGCUAACUAUUCCACCAGCCCUUGCUUAUGGAAAAGAAGGGAAAGGAAAAAUUCCACCUGAGAGCACACUGAUUUUCAACAUUGACCUUCUAGAAAUUAGGAAUGGACCAAGGUCUCAUGAGUCAUUCCAAGAGAUGGAUCUUAACGAUGACUGGAAACUGUCCAAGCAAGAGGUGAAAAUUUACUUGAAGAAAGAAUUUGAAAGGCAUGGAGCAGUGGUAAAUGACACCCAGCACGAUGCUUUGGUUGAAGACAUAUUUGAUAAAGAAGAUGAAGACAGUGAUGGGUUUAUAUCUGCAAGGGAGUUCACAUACAAGCAUGAUGAGUUGUAGAAAAGAGUAGCAUCAUUUUUUUAAUGCAAAUGGCAGUGACUUAGGCUGUCUGGCUCUCUUGUCUUAAUUUUGUGUUUUGGGUGUUGACAACUGCUGUUGGCUAAGAAACACUCUGUUUAUAUAAAAGAACUUUAUGUAAAAAUGUUUAAAACUAUUUUAAAGUAUGAAAAUGUACCUCCUUUUAUGCAGCAAAGGCUUGCACAUCAGUGUUUUUUUUAAAUUUUGUAUUAACUUAUUUUUAGAAAUGAAACAGACUCUCCAGUUAUCAAACACUGUGAAAACGAAAAUCCAGUUCAAUGCCUUUCUAUGAUUUGUUUGUGUGUUAAGCUCACUUUCAGUGACUCCUUUGUGUAACUUCUAGUCUGUGGCUUAACUACUUGGCCUUCCUUCUUGUGUGUUACUGUUUGAAAAGCAGUGUGCUGACCUUAGUGUUUUCCUGGAUGUUUUUAAAAGAUGUGCUAGAAGGCAUCAGCAUCUCUCUGUACAGCUAAGAAACUGAUACAAAGCUGAAUGAGAAGAGUGACUAUCCUGUGCUGACUUAGCUAUUCUAAAGGGAGAGUGUUACUAACUAUGCCAAUAAUUGUCUGCAUUUUUCUUUUAAUUAUGUGAAUGAAGCAGGAGUUAAAUUUAACGUUGGCAGCAUUCUAGGAAAUGUCUGUAAUUUGAUAAAAAGCAAGUUGCACUGCAGUGCAGAGGUGGUGUCCUUUACAUAAACACACAUCUUUGUUUUGAAACUCUGCUUGUGUUUUUGAAGGAUCAUUCCUUUCUCCUCAAGUUUUGAGGGAGAUCCUGAUCAAAAUGUUACAAGUCUGAAUGAAGCUUUUUCCUAUUUGCAGAAGGGGAAGAGCAGACUGACAGGGGAUCAGUAUAGCCUGAAGAAGAAUUUGCCUUGGUUUGCCUGUUUUGCUGCUGCCCAAGUUGCACAACUUCUUUCGUUAAUGUCCCUUUGCAGUAUUUUUACAAGUAGCACGCAAGUGAUGUGAAUUUUAAAUAACUUUUUAAAAAUAGAGGCGUAAGGUAAAUGUUACAGUGCUGUGUUUUUACAGAGGUGGUGACCAUGAUGCAUCUAUUUUGCAUUUGUUUAAACUGUUCUGGAGAGGAAGAAGCAUGGCAGUGUUCUCUUAAAUGAGAGGACAAGGCAUCUCAGGGAAGGAAUUUGCCCAUAUUCCAGCACCACUAACGUUGGUCUCUGAACACAGUAUUGUACUUGAAAAAUGUUGCUCAAGCCUGUGUAGGAACACAAAGCUAAUCCAGUUGUAUAAAAUCAAGACUGCUGCAUUGUACUAAUCCUUAGCUAUAGCCAAGUGAAACUCUUACAUUCAAGCUUCACAGUGCUGUAAACCCUAUGUUCUCCCUGCCAUCUAGUGUUGCAAAUAAGCAUUACAGGACUACAUUAUUAAACAGAGUUCAGCUGCAAAUGAACAUUGCAGAUUACUGUCAAUAGUAACUUUUUAAAUUUUCUUUUGUUCUUCCAGCAGCUUGCAUUUUGCAUCCACAUUGUUUACAGUAACCUUUAGGUAUUUUUCCUCAUGAUGCCAUCCAUUUUUCUUGAAACUAUUUAUACUUUUGCUUUUAUAAUGUUCUAUGGCAGAGAGUAGCACAGUAGAAUAAUGUGGGAAAAUACUUCCCUUUGUUUUUUGGCUUGUUGCCUGUCCUCAUUAUUGUACUGUGAGGAAAUAAUGAAUAAUCAUGACCUAUUUAGCUCUUCUGGCUGGUCAUGAUUUUACAUAUUGAUUUUUUUUUUUUUCCUCAUUGGUUACAAAAAGACUUCAGGACUUGGCUCUCCCAAGGUUGCUUGUGCUGGGUGUCUUGAUUUUCCCUAUAGUCACCAGAACACUAGGCAUUGGGGGGCAGCUCAUCACAUUCAUAUAAUUCAUGUAAUAUUGAGUGUCAAGGUUAAAUGCUGGACUGGCAAUUAAAUUAAUGACAGAUGCUCUCUAUUAACCCCCCUUUCUUCCCAGAAAGGAAAGGAGAAUAAGGGAGAAAGACUUAGGGGUUGGAAACUAACCUACACAGCUUUAAUGAAAGCAAUAACAGUGAAAAAAUAAAAUAAUUAAAUACAUACAUGUCCUGGUUUGAGCCAGGAUGAAGCAAAUGUUCUUUUUACUGAUUAUUUUUUUUCUUCAGUGAACUCAAGUAGCACAGCAAGUUUUCCAGCUAGUGGACUGAUAAUGCUGGAAUGCUUGUUACUGCCAAGACAUCAAGGAUACCUUGCUCUGCUUUGGUUUUGAAUGCUAAAGGAGCAGAAGAGUCUUACCUGCAAUCCUCCUGUAGGGUGGAGUGGACUAGACAGACAGUUGGCCAGAGACUAUUAUUCCACACCAUAUGUAAUUCAGGGAUGACAGAAGUCAAGCCCCUCUCUCCCUGCUUUUUCUUUCCAUUCUUCUGUUCAUGGCUGGCAUUUGGAGAGGACUCUAUAGCCACCACAGUUGAUCCCUAGACUCAUUUGUUCCUGACCCUCCUAAGAGCCUUUCUGCAUACCAUUCCCCAGCACUAGCUAUAAGCAUUGAGUAUUAUCAGUCCUAGAAGCAGACACUGA